AUGGGUUAUCUGCUGAAUGGUCCCAUAACGGCGGUAUUGGUGAUAUUUGGCGUUUUAUUUAAUCUCUGUACAGUGUACUUUUUAAUGAUUCCACGCAAGACUUUUGGUACUUAUACCGAUAGCCGGACAAAAUCUACGCGAUCCAAGAAAAGUUUCCCUCUGACAAAACGUUUUUCCAACACUCCACGACCUCUCAUUAAUACAUACCUUCUGUGGCUUGCAUUUUCUGACACAGCAGUACUGAUUAGCGCUGCAUUAUUAUAUUGCAUACCGGCAUUUUUCAUGUCACUGGGUAAUUAUGCUCGGUUUUUCCCAUCUUAUUAUUUGCUUAGUAAUGCAUCCCUAACAGCAUCUGUUUGGCUCAUGUGUGUGUUAAUGUUUGAGCGGUAUCGUGCAUUUUGUAAACCACUGGAUAGUUACGUGAAACCGCAAAGGAUACAUCGGACCCUUUUCUUAGUAUCCUUAUUGGCACUGAUCUUCUCGCUUCCAAGACUUUUUGAAUUGUCAGUUUAUGAGCUGGACGGUGAAUAUUAUGUGAAUCAAACGUUGCUUGUGGAAACACGUGCCUAUAUGGUUGGUUAUCGGAUAAUCGGUGGAAUGGUUUUCUAUUCAUUAUUCCCUUACAUCGUAUUAUUCAUUAUAACUGUUCGUAUAUGCUUGGCUAUACAUGCGGCUAACAAACAGCGACAAAACAUCGCUACGCGUGGUGUCAUUCAGUUCAGAAGCGCCGACUGCGAACUUCUCCUCAUCACUGUGAUGGCUAAAUUUCUGAUUUCACGCCUAAUGCCAACUGCUUUAGAUUUAGCGGAACAUAUUGUUAGUUCUUCGGAAUUUCUUAUUUCCACCACUGCUACAUUUUUUGUCGACAUCAGCAACCUUAUCGUUGUCUUAUCCAGUGCUACGAAUUUUUUCAUCUAUUUCGCUCUCUCACAAGCCUUCCGACGUACUGUCUUUAAUUCUCUUCCAAAGUUCAGCUUUCAAUAUACCAUCUUCCAACAACGGAAACGUCAUUCUAAUUUACAGCAUCAUGCGGUCAAAGCAGUAACUGUACCGCAGCCAGUGUUAAACAAAGUAAGCAGAAGUAUUGUGUCUACUGUAGAUGGACGUUUACUAUCUACCGUCGAAGCAUGCAUCUAAUUUCUAAGGCAGUUGUUAUGUUAUGGAAGG